AAUUCACACAGCCGUAACGCAAGAAAUUUGUAGUGCUUGAAGAAUUUCUUAUAUUUAUGUGUUUAAUGUAAGAGAAAAUAGAUAAUCCAGAGAUAUAUGUUAAGUGAAUGAACAGUGCAUUAUAUACAGAUUCAUUGAAUUAGUUCAUUGUUGUACAUAAAAAUUUAUACUUCCCUAUGAAUAUACUUACAGUCCAUUUUUCCAAGCAACUAAGAUGGUUCUCUUAUAAUAGCAUUAAUGAUAUAAUUAGACGAUAUAAUCAUGCAUCAAAUAAAAAGUAUAGUACAUCAUCAACAAUCAAAUCAGAAAAAUUUCCGGAUUAUAAUAUAAUUUAUAUGUUUCCUCAUGCCAUAUAUCCUUAUAUUUUCAAUAAACUGAAGCGAAAUUACACAAUUUCUGCAGGUGCUCUUGUACCAGUGACUGUAUCUUUACAAAUGUUAGAUUUCAUGUCAACCGUGGAAAAUUUAAGUUUUACAGCUUGCAAUUGUUUGUUAGUUCUUAUGUUACAUACUAUUGGUCAUACAUGUAAUAAUUUAGUUGGAACAAUAUAUAUAAAAGAUAAAGAUGAUUUAGAAAAUCAAAAUGUUAUAAUAUCAUAUAUAAAUUAUUGGGGUAAAAGAAUAGAUUUAAGGACAACUGUCGAUGAUAUUAUUCCUUUCACAGAAAAUUACAUGAAUACUUCUAAUUCGUUAUAUAAAAUCUUAAGCAUGAAGUCUUGUAAACAAAAAUUGAAAGUGUAUACAAAAUAUGGAAAAAUCACAGAAGAAGCUAGUUUUUCUAAUAUUUUUGGAUAA